AUGACAGCAGUAAACGCAUACCCACCAGGAGGAACCUUCCUCGACACCUUGAAGAUGUCCUUCGCUAAUGUCCCGGUGGACAAGGAGAAGGACAAUGCUGUAUCUACCACCGAGUUUCUGGAAGCUGCCGAGUCGCUGACGACUUUGUUUGAUGUGCUGGGCUCAAUGGCUUUCAAUCCUGUGAAGGGUGACAUGCUGGGAAAUGUCAAGAAAAUAAGAGAAAGACAGCUUGCUGCUCCAGCCGAGUCAGCUACCCUCCAAGAGCUCGUCCUCAACGAACUGAAGACUAAGAAACACACUGCAACAGAAGGCUUGGUCUGGCUUGUUCGCGGAUUGGACUUCACCUGCAUAGCCCUCUCUCAAAAUCUCGCACUCCCCGCUGAAGAGCUCGCCGCCUCAUUCCGCAACGCCUACGGCAGCACCCUUAAACCCCACCACUCUUUCCUGAUCAAGCCUGUCUUCUCAGCCGCUAUGAGUGCUUGCCCUUACCGCAAAGACUUCUACAUCAAGCUUGGGGAGGACCCAGAAAAGGUCGCUGAAGGGUUGAGGGUGUGGCUUGCGGCGCUGGAAAAAAUCAUUGCAAUUUUGAAGGGCUUCUUGGAUAGGAAGGAGGCCAAGUGGUAG